CACACACAUAACAAAACACAAUUUCACAAACGAUAAAAAAAAAGAAAAGAAAAACUCCUCUCUCUCUGUUUAUGGUGAACGAUGGAGGAGCUACCAGGUCCCGUGGUGGUGGAGAUCCUGAGUCGUUUAACGGACUCAAGGGAUCUGGCGCGGUGCAGGGUGGCAUCGAAGAGCCUAAACGCGGUGUCGUACGAGGUGCCGUGGCUGAACAUGGUGUGUUCCAUGUCGCGGUACCUCAAGUCUCGUUCGCCGGAGACGAAGCACCUCGUGACGCCCUUCAAGACCGUGUUCGCGGACCUGGUGCGCCGCUCCAACAACCUCGAAUCGGUGUCGGUCGGCGUGGACCGCGCCCUCGGCGGCGUGUCCUUCGACGACGUGGAGGACGAGUCCGAUGAUCUCUACCUCACCGACUUCAACUUCAUCAGAGGCUGGCUCCCCUCCGUUUCCCACGCUCUCAAGUCCUUCUCCAUCUCCGAUUUCUGGGUCCAAUCUUGUUGGCGCCGAUCCGAAGCCUUGUCCCUCAUCUCUUCCACGUGUCAUAAUCUUGUGAAAUUGGUUGUGAGGAACGCUUGGUUAUCCGUGGAUGGUUUGUGUUUGAUGCCAACGUUGAGAUAUUUGACCCUUGAAUUUGUGAGACUGGAUGAUGAGGAUCUGAGCAGGAUCAAUGCUUGUUUCCCUAAUUUGACACAACUCAAUCUUAUUGGGGUUGGUGGACUUAAGGAGCCUAAGAUUAAUCUCUUGCACCUCACCACUUGUCAUUGGUCUGUCUCAAAUGCUCCACUUUCUUUGAUUAUAUCUGCUCCUUGCCUAGUUGAUUUUAAUCUCAAAUGCAUUAAACCUAGGCUGGUUGUCCUUGAAGCCCCUUCCUUGUCCAAUUUUAAUCUCUCCCUUGAGAACACUGAUGAUCUCAGGUUGAAAAAUUGUGCUAACAUACAAUGCCUUCAGCUUAGUGUAGAAUGCCCAUCUCUUGGUUUUUUGUGUCAUGUGUUUCGCCAUUGCAAUACAGUGAAGAGACUUACCUUGGAUUUGGUGGGAAGAAUGGAAAAUGUUGAUGUGGCAGAGUUUGGGCUUGAUACUCUGUUGAAUUGUUUCCCGAACACAACAUAUCUUAAUUUAGGUCCUGGAGCUUGGCAUGUGAUGGAGAAUUCUUUCAGCCGAGGAGGUUUGGAAGAUGGGAUAGGGAUGAAGAUGAUAAAAGAACUUGUUGCACAUCUGGUGGUCCAUGAAAUGGGGGUUACUCUUGAAUUUAUUUUCUCUGUUUUGGAUAAAUGCACCAAAUUGUCUGAUGUUUCACUACUCAUCCACCGUGAUGUUGAUUCAUAUGGUGCUGGCAGCCUGAUCUCUGCGUGCAGAAGCAAAUUUCCAAGAGUUAGAUGGAGAUGGGGAAUAUGGAAAGAAGGAAUAAAGGAUACUUGGGUCUCUGAUGGCAUCUAGUUUGGAGACUGCUUUCUUGUCUAUGAAAGGGAGAGUCAUAUGUUGAUUCAUAUGUUUCUCGUCUAUGUUUAUUCAUAUAUUGUAUCAUAGGUUUACGAAUAGACUAUUGGUGUUAGGACAUUGGUAGAUUUUAAAUAGUUUUUGUUGAUGCAACUCCAAGAAGUAUAAGCAUACAGCACAAAAUAUUGAUAAAAAUACUUCCCAAAUGUAUUGGCAAACUAUAGAAAGUCGGAAGAAACUAUGAGGGUCUGAAAGGGGAGUAUGGGCUAUGAGGCAUGGGUAUUAAGAAAUUUUUUUUUAAACUGCGUUGGCUAAGUGGAUGCAAUUGUGGAUAUGUGCAUGAACUGUGGAUCAGCAUUACAAAAUAUCAUGAUAAUAGAAUGUCUGGAAGAAGCAAUAUUGUGGGUAGUUUUUUUUUUUUUUUGUAUAUAUCUGUAGGCUUGUUGAUUGUUGUAUUUCUUUGUAUAUAUUUUUGUCCUGCUCAUUUCUUUUGAGCAUAUGUAUAAUCUUGCAUUAUUCAUCCUUGUUGUUUCAUUACUUGUAUAUUUGGAGUUCUGUUAAAAUGUAAAUCUUUAUUUUAUGAA